CGUUGUCUCUCUUUUGCUCUUGAACUUGGAAGUGUUGUUCACUGAAGAAGAUAAUCUUCUCCUCUGUCCAUUCUCUGACCGCCAGUUUCGCAGCGCCUCUUCUACUUCAAUCUUUGAAGCAUUUGCAGCAUCAACUCUCUCCACAGCUUCGUCCAAUACCCUCUUGCUGGUUUCAAUUUCUUGAGCCGCUUCCUCUACUUUCUUCAGAACAUUCGUCUUUGAAACAUUCGCUUCUUCAACUCUCGACAUUGCAUCUUCCACUCGCCUCGCGAUGAAUCUCCCGCCGUCACCGCUUCUUCUCAGCGACCGGAAAAACAGCAGAAUCCUCUGACGUUACAGAAUCUCCCGGACCGGAUUCUGAUCACAAACCGGAUCCUGGGAUUGGUAAAAUUGGAAUGGAGAUUAUGUCAAUUGCAUUACCUGCUGCAUUAGCUUUAGCUGCUGAUCCUAUAACAUCUCUUGUGGACACUGCCUUCGUUGGCCAUAUUGGUUCUGCAGAAUUAGCUGCAGUAGGAGUCUCAGUUUCUGUAUUCAAUUUGGUGUCGAAGCUCUUCAAUGUUCCUUUGCUAAACGUCACAACAUCGUUUGUUGCGGAGGAGCAAGCAAUUGCUGCUAAAGAUGAUAAUGAUUCUACGGAAACAAGCAAGAAAGUGCUGCCUUCUGUUUCAACAUCAUUAGUUCUUGCUGCUGGAGUUGGUAUUGCAGAGGCGAUUGCGCUAUCUCUAGGGUCUGAUUUCUUGAUGGACGUCAUGGCUAUACCUUUUGAUUCACCAAUGCGGAUACCAGCAGAGCAGUUCCUCAGACUUAGAGCGUAUGGUGCACCACCAAUUGUAGUUGCAUUGGCUGCGCAAGGAGCUUUUCGA